ACUCUUUCAACCAGUCGAGCCAGUGCUGGCAGGAGAGGUGCGGCCCGUGGGGAUCGGUCCGGUGCGCGUAGUGUGUAUCUGAAGACUGGACAUUCAGGCGAUGGCGGCUGGGUGCUGGCGAGGAGGCAGUGGUGGUCGUCCCGUGGGCGGUGGGGAUGGAUGGGCCACUGUACGGUAUUUGUAUCAAGGGAUCGCGGGCUGGCAGGUUCUGGAUCUGUUCUUCUGGCCCAUUGAUGACGGGGGAGCGCGGUCUAGUGGAGAGCAAGGGCUGGCGGGCGUGUGUCGUCCUUUGUCCUGGCCAGGGCGUGCCAAGAAGUAUCGUGUAAAACCGGGGCCGCGCACAGCCGGCACAGCCUCGCCUGGCCAGUCGGAUGCCGGCAUCGCGCCUCUUCGAGGCGUCAGCCAAGGUCGCUCUGGAGGCUCCCAAGGUUCGCAGACCGACACGGCACGCACUGGCAAAAAGAACCUUCCUCCGCAUCCGACUCGUGCCGGGCGCUGCCGUCGUCCCCGUCGUCUGGGGAAGCCGCGUACCCCAUGCGCCGCCCAGCCAAGAAGGAGCCCCUUGCCGCAUCCCUCAAAACCAAACCUCACAGGGCUUCAUUACGACAAGUGCCUAGCUCACCAACGUAAGCACGUCAGUAAAUAUGCUCGUGGCUGUCCUGAUUCUCAACCCCUCCUGAGGCGCGGGCCGGGUCUGUGUGCGACAUUCCAGUCUCGCGGCAGGCGCCAUUGCCGACUUUGUUCGGCGGUGCCCAGACUCCGUCCAGAGACAGGCGAGUGAACCAGACUGCUUCACUCCCAGACACUGAUAACUGCCAGUCACCAAACAGCCAUCUGCCGAUUCGAGAGAUGGGUAGCUGUUUGGCAUGGUGGGCGCUCUCCCUGUUUGGGUGUGUGCUUCCAUGGUCAGAUUUUAAGCAUAUCU